GACCAAUGCCCGAAUUAAUUAAUUUGUCGCAGUGUUUCCACAGUUCCUAGUCUGUGAGAUGUACAAUUUGUUAAUAUCAUUUAAAGAAAAAAAUAGGCUUGAGGGCUCGUCUCUACGGCAACUGGUGAUGACAUCAUCAGAAACGGACUGUGUUGUUAUUCAUGAAAUGUGGGAAGCGGUUGUCAUGUUUGGAUCGUUUUAAACUGUUUCGUCGUAUUUGAACCACUAAGACAUAAAAUGUCGGAAUACUGGAAAUCACAACCAAGGAAAUUCUGCCAGUACUGCAAGUGCUGGAUUGCGGACAAUAAGCCUAGUGUUGAGUUCCACGAAAGAGGGAAGAAUCACAAAGAAAAUGUGGCUGCAAAAAUCACUGAGAUUAAAAAGAAGAGCAUUGACAAGGCGAAGCAGGAGGAACGCAUGUCUAAAGACUUUCUGAAAAUGGAGGAGGCUGCGAUGAAGGCUUAUGAGGAAGAUCUGAAGAGGAUGGAAAAGGAGUCUUCAGGAUCAGGUUUACCCGUCGAGACAACAACCGAAGAGGAAACACCUCAGGUCAUUAAUCAAGUAAGAUCUCUGGUGGGGCCCCAGGCAAGACCUAAAGUGGGAUCCCAGGGUGGACCCCAAGGCGGACCUCAUGGUGGACCUCAUGGAGGACCCCAUGGUGGACCCCAGUCCAAAAAACAGCAGAAGAAACAGAAAUCAAACCAAAUGCCCAGAGGUCAACCGAGGGCACAGGUUUGGGUUAAAGGACAGACAGAGGAUGGCAAUGCGUACUUUUACAACACAAUAACUGGAGAAUCUAGAUGGGAAAAUCCAGAGGCUUUCCGGGGAGAAAACUCGGCCUCUGCAAAACCUGAGCGCUCUUCAGGGGGUCUUUGGAUAGAAACUGUCAGUCCUGAGGGUUACCCAUAUUACUACAACUCAGAAACUGGGGAGAGCAGCUGGGAGAAACCAGCAGGAUUCACUUCAAAUCAAGCAUCCAACAAAGAGGGAGAGAGUCAGCCGGAGCCCCCGGGGGUAGAGCAGAGCUCCAGCGAGGCCCCAGCAUCUCAGGAGCCUGAAGUCCCUGAACAAGCCAUCGAGCACGCCAAAUACCCAAAGAUCAACUUUAGGAAAAGGAAAGCAGAAGCCGAGCCGUCAGAAAAGGAGGGAGAAGAUAAAGAGAGCGAUGAUGCUCCCAAAGCGGAGCCUGAGGAGAUGACAAAAGAGGUAGUGAAAAAAGAGGAAGACGUCCAAAGUACAACAGCUGCUGCACCUGAAGAGAAAAAGGAGGUGGCACCAGUGAAGAUGCAAAUCAAAAGACGACCAAAAUCUGCCAAUCCUUACGGAGCCUGGGAAAAGAUCAAGGAAGAGGAGUGUCCAUAUGCCAAAGUGGACUUACAGCUUCCCAAGGUGGAGGGAUACACUGUCAGCGCUCCAGCAGCAGUCGUGCCGCCAGAGCCAAAACCGAAGUUCAAGGAGCGCAUCAUCACUUCCCUCGGAGAGGAAGGAGGCUCUACUUCAUUCAGGAAAAACAAGACACAAAACGGCAAAUCAAGAAGCAUCCGACAGAGAGACGACGACGACGACUGACCCCGAAAAGAACCGUCAUGCAGGAGACUUUCACCCAAACCAGACUCUUUCUUCAUGCCUCUUUUAAACCUCACAACAGCAGACUCAGUCAGCUGCAUCACACACAGGAACUUUAGACAUUUUGAAGAUCCAUUUGAGUUUUGUUGUUUUUUAACUCAUUUUAAAAAUGUUUUGUUGAGGAGGAUGACCAAUUGUAGGACACAAAAUGCUGUUUGUAUAGUCUUAGCUGCCUGACUCUGUUUUAUUUCAUAUUAAAGUGAAUAGCUCUGGGCUUUGAACACAUUGCGGUCAUCACCAUGUACUUAUUUUACCAAUUCACUUCAUUAAAUCAAUCUAGAAAAUGUUAGUCGUUGCAGUCCUAUUUUUAAAUCCUCCCUGUCUGAUGAAUACCUUUUUUCUGCAGAUGAUCCUACAGAGCAAAUCCUUUUUGUAUUCUCCAUAUUUGUAUUUUUUCAUCAUUGUAAAAGGCAUCUCUGUGGAAGCAUACUUGACUGUCAUACUGAAAGCAGUAAGAAUAAAGACGUGAUGUAAUAUCAAUAA